AUGAAGAGCAAGUUCAUUAAGUCCUGCGAAAAGAAACUGAAAAUGAUGAAAGGCAAAGUCAUAAUACCUUGUGCGUCUUGCGAGUCAUGCUGCGAAAGAAUUUGUUGGGCAUUCAAGAAGGAAACCGAGGUGGUACCAAGAGAUGUCCCUAAGGGUCACUUGGUUGUAUAUGUGGGUGAAGAGUACAGGAGGUUUGUGAUAAAGAUCACCUUGCUUAAACACCCACUCUUCAAGGCAUUGUUGGAUCAAGCACAGGAUACUUACGGUUUCAGCGCUAGCUCCAGACUUUGGAUUCCAUGCGACGAGAGCACUUUCCUCGAUGUUGUCCGUUGCGCUGGUGCUCCACAGCAUCAGACAAACUGCAUAUGUAUCUAG